UUCCAGGUCCUAUAAAUAUUACAAUAAAAGUUUGUCAAAACUUUUAUUUCUACUGUCUCUACCAUGUCACGCAAAAAGUUAGAUAUUCUCCUUGAAAUAGAAUUGCAAGUGCAGGAGAAGUGGGAGAAGGAUAAGGUGUUUGAGGAGGAUGCCCCACCAGCAGGUGGCAAUGAUGAGCCAAAAUACUUGGUUACUUUCCCCUACCCAUACAUGAAUGGCCGACUGCAUUUGGGUCACACCUUCACCAUCUCAAAAGCUGAGUUUGCUGUUGGCUACCAAAGGCUGAAAGGGAAGCGAUGCCUCUUUCCAUUUGGCCUUCAUUGCACUGGAAUGCCAAUCAAAGCAAGUGCUGACAAGCUGCUCAGGGAGCUCCAAGAGUUUGGCUUCCCACCACAAUUCCCAGAGACGCAGGCUGAGGAGGCUCCUGUUGCCUCAUCGGAACCUAUCAUUGUGGACAAGAGUAAGGGCAAGAAGAGUAAAGCCACCGCCAAGGCAGGAGGCUUCAAGUAUCAGUGGCAGAUCAUGCGCUCGCUCGGCCUUCAAGACGAGGAAAUAAAACAAUUCACUGACACCAACCACUGGCUGGACUACUUCCCUCCUGCCACCAAGCGUGACUUGCAGCGCGUUGGUCUGCACGUGGACUGGCGGCGGAGCUUCAUCACGACCAACAGGAACGCUUACUACGACUCCUUCGUGCGCUGGCAGUUCCUCAGGCUCAAGGAGCGCGGCAAGGUCGCCUUUGGCAAGCGGUACACAAUCUACUCCCCAAAAGAUGGACAGCCGUGCAUGGACCACGACCGCGCGUCGGGCGAGGGCGUCGCGCCUCAGGAGUACACACUCAUCAAGAUGCGUGUCGUCGAGCUUCCCUCUGCCCUCGCUGCCCUCAAGUCUGCGGCGUCGAGGCCCGUGUUCCUGGUGGCCGCCACGCUCAGACCCGAGACGAUGUACGGUCAGACCAACUGCUGGCUGGGUCCUGAUGUUAGUUACGUCGCCGUGCAGUCCCGCCGAGACGAGGUGUUCGUGUGCACAAGACGCUCGGCAACAAACAUGGCAUACCAGGGAAUCCUGAAGAAAGACAACGUGGUCGAGGUUUUGGGCGAGUUCAAGGGGAGCCAGCUAAUGGGUGUGAAACUUUCAGCCCCCAUGACGACUUACCAAGUGAUCUACACGCUGCCCAUGCUCACAGUCAAGGACGACAAGGGCACAGGAGUUGUAACUUCUGUGCCUUCAGACUCCCCUGAUGACUAUGCUGCGCUCAAUGACAUCAAAAACAAGCCUGCGCUCAGGGAGAAGUACGGAGUGACUGAGGAGAUGGUAGCUGUAGAGCCAGUGCCCAUCAUCGACGUGCCGGAGUAUGGCAGUCUGUCAGCUCCCUCGAUCUGCCAGAAGAUGGGAAUAAAAUCUCAAAACGAUAAAGACAAGUUAACUGAAGCUAAAGAGAAAGUUUACCUCAAGGGUUUCUAUGAAGGGGUGCUGCUCGUUGGAGAGCACAAAGGUAAAAAAAUACAAGACGUGAAGAAAACUAUCCAAGAUGCGCUAGUUAGUAAGAACGAGGCCGUGAUGUACCAAGAGCCUGAGAAGCUUGUGAUGUCGCGGUCAGGUGAGGAGUGCGUGGUGGCGCUGUGUGAUCAAUGGUACCUCACAUACGGCGAGCCCAAAUGGCGCCAGCAGGCCCAGACCGCCCUCGAAAAUCUGGACACUUUCCACGACGAGGUGCGUAAAAACUUUGAGCACACACUGGACUGGCUCAAGGAGUACGCCUGCUCUCGGACCUACGGUCUGGGAACCAAGCUGCCGUGGGAUGAGGCUUGGCUCAUAGAAAGCCUUUCCGAUUCCACGAUCUACAUGGCCUACUACAGCGUGGCUCACAUCCUGCAACGUAACUUCGAUGGCUCACAAGGAAAUGAACACAACAUCAAAGCCGAGCAUAUGACACCAGAAGUGUGGGACUACGUCUUCUGCCAAACCGACAAGAUAACAAAAACCUCCAUCAAACAUGAUGUCCUGCGAAAGAUGCGUCGCGAGUUUGAGUACUGGUACCCUGUUGACCUGAGAGUUUCUGGAAAGGAUCUCAUACAGAAUCACUUGACUUACUACCUGUACAACCACUGCGCCAUCUGGCCCAAACAGCCAAAGCUCUGGCCGCAAGGCAUUCGCGCCAACGGCCACCUCCUCCUCAACUCUGAGAAAAUGUCCAAGUCGACCGGAAACUUCAUGACUCUUGCAGACGCGCUCGACAAGUAUGGCGCUGACGCCAUGAGGCUGGCCCUCGCCAACGCUGGAGACUCCAUUGAAGAUGCUAACUUUGAAACAACUGUGGCAGACUCCGCCGUGCUGCGUCUCUGGACCUUCGUGGAGCUCGUCAAGGAAUUGAUCGCUGAGAUGCCCACUAUGCGCACCGACCAAACCUUCAACGUCAGCGACAAGAUGUUCCUUGCAGAAAUGGAUCUUAAAAUCCGCGAGUCGGAUGAGAACUAUUCUGGCCUUCUGUUCAAAGAGGCCCUUAGAACGAGCUACUUUGAGUACAGCAAUUUAUUCCACCAGUAUCGUGAGCGCGUGUCUGUUGAUGGCGGCCUGCACAAAAAGGUCGUGGAGCGCUAUCUGGACACACAAGUGCGUAUCUUAUCACCUAUUUGCCCUCAUGUGUGCGACUAUGUUUGGCGAGAUUUGUUGGACAACAAAACAUCUGUGCUACGAACGAAGUGGCCCGAGUCUUCAGAGCCUCAAUUGGCUCUAGUUAAAGCCUCGUCUUACUUGGCCGACAUCUCGCACACCUUCCGACUUAGGAUGAAAUCAGCCAUGACCUCAAAGAACAAGAAGGUUAUCGACUCUUCGAAGAACAUUGAGAAGCCAUCGCAUGGCACAAUUUGGGUUGCCAAAUCUUACCCUGACUGGCAAAGUAGCAUCCUUGCCAAAAUGGAGCAAAUGUACGUGUCUAAUGGGAAUGCGUUGCCUGACAACAAAGUUAUUUCCCAAGCACUGGCAGGAGUGCCAGAUCUUAAAAAGUACUCGAAGAAAGUGAUGCCGUUUGCUCAGACGGUGAGGGAGAGGGUUGUCCUCAGCGGCACAUCUGCCUUCAAGAACACUGUAGAUUUUGACGAGGCUCAAAUCAUCCGCGAGUCUAUCGGUUACUUGAGGGAAACACUCGAGCUCGAGUUUCUAGAAGUAAAGUGGACGGACACAUGCGAUGACGACCGUAUUAAGAGCGACGUAAUCCCAGGUGAGCCCUUCAUGACGUUCACUAGCGCCCCUCACGUCGUGACGAGCGUCAUCAACCCCGUCGCCCACACCGCUCUUUUCAGCUAUUUGCUCCCCGUCUUUGACCAGGACUGUGCAUCUCGCAUCGUCGCCAGGAUGGUCAGGCGGGAGAAGGCGAUCAAACCCUCCAUGAAAAUCUCCUUGUAUCGCUACACUGAUCCUGUCAUGGGGCCCAGAGUCAUCCCCAACAUGAGCGACAUCCUGCGUGGCACCGAGCUUAUCAAGGACUCGGAUGUGUUCGUGCUGAAGAACGACAGCAUUUAUGUUGCUGGCAAACCACUUGGCGAAAAAAUGUUGUUCUUAGUAUCACCUUGAUCACGCCAGGUGGGAUUAACCAUUGAAUGCCAAUAAAUAGAUUUUUUAGUUUGUCUUUCUUUAUUCCGUGGAUUUUCUGGAUAACGCGGAUUUACUGCGAAUAUUUGGGUUUAUUCUUUGGUUCUGUCUUAGCAAGAUGAGAGUGCAAGAAACGAUUCAAGGUAAGCUCAGGGACAAGAUGAGGCCUUCCUAUGAUUUACAGUUUAUUUUUCAGAUAUGGCCUGUUAUCAAACAUUAUUUAUUUUACAUAAAUUUUUAUGUUCUAGUAGUCUUAUAGGCCGAUACCUUAGGGAUUUUCUCAGAAUUAUUUGUUUCAUUUAAUGUUGACCAAUAGGAGAAUAAGUCUAAAAAGCGUCCAAUAUAUUUGAAUCGAUUCCCGGGUGUUAAUCAUGACUGGCAAGUGCUCAACUGGCGCACAAUGUUUGGGUCCGUAAUUUCUUGUGUGCACUUAGUUGUAAUCUUUUCUCAUAUUUAAACUAUUCCUAAUA